ACCUAAACAAGCAACCUUGUGUUGUCUUGUUCGGCUCACCACCGCGGAUCGCAUCGGAAACCCUAGAGUGUAGAUGGGCUUCGACGUGGGGAAUGUACCCUUCAACCCUGACGGCUGGGGUCCGCCGGAGACGCCCGUCGGGCCUCUCCUCGUCAAGCAGGACGGCGCCGCCCACCCGGCUAACAUACCCUUCGCCCCUUUCUCACGCUCCGAGAAGCUCGGCCGCGUUGCCGACUGGAGCCGUAACCCCAACUUUAGCGCGAACGCCUCCCGAUCUGCCGGUGGCACCCGCGACGCCGUCUUCGACUUCGCGCUCGAUGAGUCGUCCGCCCUUUCCGGCGCCGCCGCAGAUGACUCCUCCUUCCGCCUCGUAGACGGCAAGCCUCCUCCUCGCCCCAAGUUCGGCCCCCGCUGGCGCUUCCAGCAGCGCCCACAGCUGCCGCAGCGUCGCGACGAGGAGGUCGAGGCCAAGAAGCGCGAGGCCGAGAAGGAGCGCGCCCGCCGCGACCGUCUCUACAAUAUGCACCGCCGCUCCGCGUAUGCCGGCGGUCCCGGCUUUGCCGGCUCUCGUCGCGACACCCCCAACCAAAAGUCCUCCGUCGAUAUCCAGCCGGAAUGGACCAUGCUCGACCAGAUCCCCUUCUCCACCUUCUCCAAGCUUUCCUUCGCUGUUCCAGAUCCGCCGGAGGACCUCCUCAUCUGUGGCGCGCUCGAAUUCUACGACCGCAACUUCGAUCGCGUUAACCCCAAGAACGAGCGCCGUCUGGAGCGCUUCAAGUCCCGCAACUUCUUCAAGAUCACCACCACCGACGACCCGGUCAUCCGCCGCCUCGCCGCCGACGACAAGGCCACCGUUUUCGCCACCGACGCCAUCCUCUCUGCCCUCAUGUGCGCCCCGCGUUCCGUGUCCUCUUGGGACAUUGUCAUCCAGCGGGUUGGCAACAAGCUUUUCUUUGACAAGCGCGACGGGUCUCAACUCGACCUCCUCUCCGUCAACGAGACCUCGCAGGAUCCGCUACCCGAGGCCAAGGAGGACAUAAACUCGGCGUACUCCCUCGCCAUGGAGGCCACUUACAUCAACCAGAACUUCUCCCAGCAGGUCCUUGUACGUGAUGGCAACAAGGUUACCUUUGAUGAGCCCAACCCGUUUGCUUCUGAAGGCGAGGAGGUCGCCUCCGUUGCCUACCGAUACCGCCGUUGGAAGCUGGACGAGAACACUCAUCUCGUUGCAAGAUGUGAGGUGCACAGUGUGACUGAGGUCAAGGGACAGCAAACCUUCAUGACCCUUAACGCCCUCAACGAGUUCGAUCCAAAAUAUUCUGGGGUAGACUGGAGGCAGAAACUUGAGACGCAGAGGGGAGCAGUUCUUGCUACCGAACUCAAAAACAACGCCAACAAGCUGGCCAAGUGGACAGCUCAAGCCCUCCUUGCGGGCGCUGAUUUGAUGAAACUGGGCUAUGUCUCCAGAGUCCAUCCCCGGGAUCACUUCAACCAUGUUAUUUUGAGUGUCAUUGGCUACAAGCUGAAAGAUUUUGCUGCUCAGAUCAACCUUAAUACCUCUAACAUGUGGGGGAUUGUGAAAUCGAUCGUGGACCUUUGCAUGAAGCUUAACGAGGGAAAAUAUGUGCUUGUGAAGGAUCCAGCAAAGCCUCAGGUAAGGAUAUAUGAGGUGCCGCCGGAUGCAUUUGAGAAUGAAUAUGUGGAGGAGCCACUGCCAGAGGAGGAGCAGGUGCAGCCACCUGCGGAGAAAGAUGCCACAGCAAAUGCUGUCGAUGAAGUAGCGGAAGCAGAGGCCAAUGCUGCAGCUGGAGCAGCAGAGGGUGAGAAGGAUACUGAUGCUUCUGUGGUCUGAAGGGUACUUGCAUUCUUCAUCUAUAUUUUUCAUCUUUGUCAUAAAUAACAAUUAGAUCAUGAGGACUAUGUUGUUCUCUAUCUUCAAAAUUUGAACUUGUGAGAUUUUUUCUUUUUUGCAUGCUUGAUUAGUAGGCUGAAAGGUUUAAGAAGUGUUGUUGUUUACAUUAUGGAUAAUUUUUGGCCAGAAUGCUUGUUUGUUCUAUCGUUGACUGAACAUUUGCUGUUAUAUCAAGCUUAUUUUCAAUAAUUCGAUAUACAAACGGA